UUUAUUUAUGUUGUUUGUCUAUAUUUCAGAUUAAAUAUAUAUAUAUAUUUAUUUAUUGUAAUAAUUACAAUUGUUUGUCUAUAAAUAAAUAUAUAUUUUCCACACAUCUCUAGACUUCACUGCAAAAUAUCUUGCAGAUUCUACUCUUUUACAUCACUCCCAAUUCUUUGUAUGAACAAACACCAAUAAAUUAAGUUUUAGAACGUGACCCAUUUAUAGAAUGACAGCACAUUAAAAGAAAUCUGAAAUUUAUAUGCAGAGAGAGAGAGAGAGAGAGAAAGACGAGAGUUUUUAGAGAGAGAGAGAGAGAGAGUAUGAAGGCAGAAGAAGAAAGAGGGCCACAUGGCCCACAUCCAUUGUUGAAGGGAGGUAGAAAGAAUGGGCAAUCCUCAAGCUACAGCCAUGGCUUCUCACCUUCACAGAUCCAAUCAUUGACUGCCAUCUGUCGCACUCUCAUUCCUUCCCUCCAAACUGGCGAUGAUAAUGAUGAGUUCUACCAAUCUUCAGGCCCUGAUGAGAGUUUAUGAUGAAGAGGGGUGUACCCGAAGCAGUGUUCAUUGUACGCAUAGUGCUGAGAUUAUUAUCAAGCAGAUUGGGGACACUUUUGCUAUGCGGGCGUAUUUGUUUGAACCGAAAAUGGCCAUUUGUGCACUGUUUUUCCGAGUUGCCUUUGAACAAAAGAGAAACUAUCCUUCAAACAUGGUCGAAGGAGACCUUUCUGCUGCCCUUGAGAAUAUCAUUGAUGAAAAUUCAACUAACCCGGCAUGGAAAGCCAUCGGAUAUCAAGUGGAAGCCGUGGAGAAACCCACACCACCACAAAUCGAAAGGCCGCUCGAAAAGGGAAUUAUCGAGACCACGAACCAAAACGGGCCUUCCCUAAAAGAAUCCCUAAUCCAAAAGGGCAUACAUAUCACGAACGACACAAACGACAAAAAUGCAUACAGAAUCAAAUGCGAUGUCGUGAUCGUGGGUUCGGGCUGUGGAGGCGGAGUUGCGGCAGCAAUCCUCGCGAAAUCGGGCCACAAAGUGCUCGUCCUCGAAAAAGGCCACUACUUUGUGGCCCGAGAUUAUUCGGGCCUCGAAGGCCCGUCUAUAUCCGAGCUCUACGAGUCUGGCGGGAUGCUCUCGACUCGAGACGGAAAAAUAAUGAUCUUGGCCGGAUCAACGGUCGGCGGAGGCUCGUCAGUAAAUUGGUCCGCGUGCAUAAGAACGCCGGAUCACAUCCUCCGAGAAUGGUCCCACAAAAACAAGAUUCCAUUUUUCGACACGUGCGAAUAUCGAUCCGCGAUGGAUCGCGUGUGCGAAAGGAUCGGCGUCACGGAGAAUUGCGCGGAAGAAGGGUUUAAUAACCGAGUGCUUCGAAAGGGUUGCGAUAAUCUCGGCCUAAAAGUCGAGCGCGUGCCGAGAAAUGCAUCGACCGACCACUAUUGCGGCUCUUGUAGUUACGGUUGUAGAAGGGGUGAUAAAAAAGGGACCGACUUAACUUGGCUAGUCGAUGCCGUCGAGAACGGCGCGGUGAUCUUAUCCGGAUGUAAAGCCGAAAAAUUCAUCCUUAACGACGAAAAGCCUCGGAAAAAGUGCGUUGGAGUUAUUGCGAGCACUGAAAUCACGAAGAAUGUGACGAAAAACAAACUCAUUAUCGAAGCUAAGGCGACGAUUUCCGCAUGCGGCGCUCUUUCGACGCCUCCAUUGUUAAUUUCGAGUGGCUUGACGAACAAGAACAUCGGGGAGAAUUUGCACUUGCAUCCCGUCUCGUUCGUGUGGGGUUACUUUCCGGAACCUUCCGCGGAGCUCGGAGGGAAAAGCUUCGAGGGUGGGAUCAUAACUUCGUUCCACAAGGUUCGAUCGAAUGAUGAAGAAUCGAAUGAGAUGCAAGCUAUAGUCGAGACCGCGGGCCUCGGGCCCGCCUCGUUUGGUUGCUUGUCCCCAUGGAUUUCGAGGGAAGAAGCACACGAGCGCAUGUUGAGAUACUCGAGAACGGCCAUUUUGUUUGCUUUGCCGAGAGAUGAAGGCUCGGGGGAAGUUAAAAGGCAUGGGCGGGUGAAGUACCGGUUUAGUGGGCCUGACCGGGAGAAUCUUAAGAUGGGCCUGAGACGGGCCUUGAGGAUAUUGAUUGCAGCCGGGGCAGAGGAGGUCGGGACUUUUAGAAGCGAUGGGCAGAGGAUUAAAUGCAGAGGGACUGCAAAGGAGGAGUUGGAAGACUACAUUUCCCAAGCUGAUAAAAUGGGAAUUCGUAUUCACCUUCAGAAUCCUCUUUCCUUGAUCGACAUUGGUGCCUUCGAGACGGACAACCACGGCAUUCACAAUCCCACUCGCUAUUACAUCACACUUCAUAAUCCCACCAAAAAUGUUGACAAGUAUAGCCUUCACCUUCUCGUCAGAUGUCAAAAUUUUAAAGGCUUCCACAACCUGAUUGGUAUAUUCAACUAA